GGAUGAGGACAGGGCUAGAUCUCACUACAGUACAGGCACAUGUGGAGAAACGCGUUCACACUGGAAAAAAUCGAAUUGUUUCCAUUCUGCGCUCGGUUUCCAGACUCUCAUUGUGUUUGGAAACUAGAAACGUCACAAGGUAAAAGAAGUGAAAGAGAGUGUGUGUAAGUGUGUGUGUGUGUGAGAGUGCAGGCUUUGCGGACUGCAGGCCCGAGUGAACAGAGCUGUGAAACCCGGCGCUCCAGGCACACAGACAUGGCCAACAUCGCCGUGCAGAGAAUCAAACGGGAGUUUAAAGAAGUCCUCAAAAGCGAAGAGACGAGUAAAAAUCAGAUAAAGGUGGACCUGGUGGAUGAAAAUUUCACAGAGUUGAAAGGGGAGAUUGCAGGACCUCCAGACACUCCAUAUGAAGGUGGCAGGUAUCAGUUAGAAAUCAAGAUCCCAGAGACGUAUCCAUUCAAUCCACCGAAGGUGCGGUUUAUUACAAAGAUCUGGCAUCCCAAUAUAAGUUCAGUUACCGGGGCAAUAUGUUUGGACAUCCUGAAAGACCAGUGGGCUGCAGCGAUGACUCUGCGCACAGUUCUGCUCUCGCUACAGGCUUUACUAGCUGCAGCCGAGCCCGAUGACCCUCAGGACGCUGUAGUAGCCAAUCAGUAUAAACAGAAUCCCGAGAUGUUCAAACAGACCGCUCGGCUGUGGUCUCACGUUUACGCCGGCGCUCCCGUCUCUAGUCCCGAAUACACACGCAAAAUAGACAAACUCUGUGCCAUGGGCUUCGACAAAAAUGCAGUAAUAGUAGCUUUGUCUUCGAAGUCAUGGGAUGUGGAGACGGCAACAGAACUUUUGCUUAGCAACUGAGAAUUCACCCCUCGAACUUUUCACAAUCCACUUUUUUUUUUUUUCCUUCAUCCAAGCAUGUAUUAAGAACAGCUCAAUGUAAAAAGUAUAAGAUGAGCCUGGUUUAAUCCAGGUUUUAAAAACUGCUCCAAAAUAGAUUGUGUGUGUGUGUGUGUGUGUAUAUCAGGGGGAGCGCUUAAUUCCUAGUGCUAAUGCUAAUCAUUGAAGUUACUUGCUAUAAUGAGCCAGAUUAAGUGGUACCGAUUUCGGCGCGGUUAUCGCUGUUUAAACGGUCUUUUUAAAAGCCAUGCGACGGCCUCUUCAAACUUUCCGUCAUACUCGUGGUCCAUUUCCAUUAAGAACCAAAAUAAGGGGACUCCUGUAUGACUGCCAUUUUUUUUAAAAGACAGUUGCUUACACAGAUGAGGUGAAGUGUGUGUAAAUAGGUAUAUUAAAGGUUUGUGUACAUGCAGGAAGCAAAGGGAAAGCGUUAGUUUCUCUAACCGUCCAUUGUAAAAUGUUCCACGACUUUGCUAGAGAGAAGAAAAUAGUAUAAAGGGUUAAAAACAAGGUCUUCAUCUUUUUCAUGGAAUAUAUUGGCCAAAUGACAUGGUGAUAUUACUGUUUAAUAUAGAACAUUUAAAGUUUUGUUUACUGGUGGGAAUUAAAUUAGUGUAUUUAUGCUACAGUAGGAUUAUUCCUAAUAUCAGGAAUAUUAACUAAUGUUUUUCCCUUUUUGUUUGCGAUUCUAAUUCCAUGAAUUAUCCCAGAUGAUUUAAGCAUCGUGAGGAAUCAGACAAGGGACUUCUUUUUACCUAGAAAGCAUUUGCUGAUUGAAUGGCUGGAGUGGAAUUUUGAAUGUGUAAUUCUCUACCCUUAAGUUAGCAGGAUCUAAACACUCACUUUAAGUGUGAGCACGGGAAAGAAAAAAAUCAGCCGAGCUGCUCGUCAUUGCGCACACGCGCACACACACUCCAUUCACGUGUACAUGCUGCCAAGUCCCUUUUCUUUAAGUAUUGAUCAUCCCCUCAGUUCACCAUUGAUGGCUUUUUGUAUGAAAACAAAAACAAAAAAAUAAAAAGUCUGUCUUCCUGUAGUAAUGACAUGUUCAAUAUUGCACGAAGAAACAGCUCGGGGGGGGGCGUGGGGGACGUUGGGAGGAAAAGAAGUCAAGAUUUAAGCAAUCUGUACAAGCAUGGUUAUUUAUUGUGAAACUAUCAUUUCUUUGAAUAAAAAAAUGCUUGAAAAAUGAAAA